AUGGACCCCGAGCGACCAUCGGUGCAAUCCCUCAGAGCGCAAGCCGAAGCCAAAUACGAAUCACAUUCAGCCGCGCUCCAGCAGCAAUUUAUCGAACAAGAACGCAUGUCCUCAUACACUGAUGAUGCCUUUGAGUGCGAGUCACCGCACGCAAUACUGACAAGCAGCUGCGGCGUGGGUACACAUCAACACCUUGACCCACAGACGACUGAAGGUGCAGGCGAAUCCUCGUUUCAAGGUGUGAACCUCGUGAACAACUUGCAUGUGAGGGGCGCGAGCGAUCAUGACGCACACGGUGGGCUGGUGUACGGAGAUUUAGCCCAGCCAAGACCGGAAAUCAUCCUUCGACGGAAGCGGUUCGCCGUACUUGUGGUGAUCACAGCCGCUGUCAUGUCAGCAAUUGCUGCCUGGCUCCGAGAAGGUUUUGUUGUGGAGAAAAGGGUUCCUGUGGUUGAUGCAGAGACCAAGACGGACAUGGUCAAUUCAUAUAUUGGUCUUAUGAUGGGCUUUAUCGAGUCCAUUAUCGCUCUCGGGAUUGAGGAAAUCUUCCCCGUCUUCGUAGUUUACCUCCACAAUUUACGAUGGUACCCAGGUGACGAUCCAGCGACUAAGAAGCAAAGCAAGCUUAAGAAGUUUGCCCUCACGAUCUUCAUUCCGGCUGUUAUGAUGGCAGUAAGCAGCUCCCUAUCUGCUGUGCAGGCCAAUCAAAAGGAAGAUAACUCGGUAGUUGGUAGCAGUAAUCCAGCCACGACAACGAGGUUUUUGUCGCAGCAAGAUAUGAAUUUGGGGGAAUCAGGUUUGGGAGACACUAUCUUGAAGACAGCUUUAGCUCGGAAGGUGGAACCUAUGCAGCCUGUGAAAACGUCACGUUGCCCCCCCACACAAAAGGAGUUGUUCACAGAGGAUACGCUACUGGCUGCAAGUCCGAAGGUUAUCUUUGGGUUUCCUGUGAAAGACUGGAGCAUUGAGUUUGGGAAUGAAUGGCCAUUCCAAGAAGAGACACAGCGCUGCGAGAUCUCAUACAACAGUGCUGGUGGGUUUGCUGAUGAGGCAUACAUGUGUGAAAUUAUGCCACUAGCCAUGGCAUGCGAUCUCUGGGCACAGGGUAAAGCACAUUUCUUCGGGAGUCCGAGUGCUGAUAUUUACAGUAAACUAGACUCGCGCCCAUCAAGUAUGGGCGAGCUCUUUGAUCAUGUCGUCAAUUCAUUACUCAAAGCAGGGCUGCCAUUAAUCAAAGAUGCAAAUGUCGAUGCUUCUUUUGAGACAAGAGCUCUAAGCCCAUCAAUGAAAUUGCAGGUCAUGACGCUUGAGCUGCCUCUGCGCAGCACAACUAACACUACAGUUGUUUGUAGUGAAACCAGCUGUUCAUUGCUGGUUCCCUACUCAAAUGCUAAAUUGCGUUUUCCACGAAAGCAGGCUGGAAUGGCACCAGGGAAUACGUCCAACUCGGUGUUUGUACAUGGUCUUACGGUUGUCAAUAGCUUCAAUUUUGAGGCAGCCGUAGUAAAGCGGUCAUUGGUGCUAUCAUUCGGACGCAUCACGUGGCAUUUUGCUCAAGCCGAUAAAAGUGAGUGUGGCUAUGCCACCUCCACAAAGGGAGAGUGUCAGGUGUUGCACCAUCAGCUCGGAAAUAGCAAUCGCCGCUUGGUAUUGGCAAAGCAGUGGCUUCCGCCUUAUCUACAACGUGAAAGUCGAAAUUUUCAUGUCUCCCUUGUUCAGCUGUUAGAGCCAAAAGUCAGACUUCACCCCGGACAGUUAAUGUUUAUGGAGCAUUUAAAGUCUUGGCCAAAAGAUUUCAUUUGCUCGGCUACAUUGGAUCCGUAUCUUCGAUACAUCAAAAACAACCACUUUUACUUUAAUGAAAAUGUAGUGGAAACGAUGGCAGCAUCAGCGCUAUUGUACAUCUUUCAAAACGCCAAAGUGGUAUAUGCAGCCCAUGAUGUGGAAGCUGUUAACGUUCAGCGACAGCUCGUUGACACCAGAGUACGCCGAGUUAGAAUUUUUUUGACAAAUACCAAGGUGGGCAAUGUGUGCACAUGGACGGGAUGUGGUGUCCUUUUGCUUUUAACAAUUUUAGUCUUUGUGUUGCCGAAUGAGCGAGCUCGCCUUGCACCGCCGCGUGGUGGCAAUGCACGCGCCGAAAGAUUUGUGGCAGUUCAGACAGAGCAGAUCUACCCAAAUUUAAUCUACAAAAAGCGCUUUUUAAUAGGCAAAACUGGUGAGGAGAUAAAGUUUGGCGAGUUUGUUGUCGAGUCGGUUGGUUUGCAUCAUAGGAUGGAGGAAGACGAGCAAAUAUUCAUUUGA